UUUUCGGUCAACUAUGAUCAGAAUGCAAUUAAUGGUCGGGCAAAACUAAAACUGAGACAAAGCAGACAUCUUAGAUCAAAAGAAGAAUUUGAAAAACAAAAUGGCGUUGUCCAAGCAAUUUUGGAGUGCCCUAGUUUGUACUUGUUUCAUCAUCAUCUCCAUCCCCGAAGAAUGGGGAAAGUCAAUGUUUCCAAUCUCCGGAUUCCAAUACUUGGCAAGCCCCUUCUCAUGGCGGCGUUGGACCUUGGCCUCGUUCCUUCUCCUCACAUUUGUUGGUGGUCUCAAGGGUCUUUGGAUUGUCUAUGCCACCAUAGCAAGAGACUUGCGGCUGAUAUAUCGCAUCAUUUUUGGUCUAGGGGUCCCUCUUGUGAAGGCCAAACUAAAAAACCUAACCAUUCCUCAGAUCUUUGAACAAACGGUGCGUCAGAAUCCAGACAAAACGAUGAUCACUUUCAUCAGUGGACCCUCUUCGUAUGAAAAAAUGACCUUUAAAGAGGUCGAUGAUUUGGCAAACCAAACCGGGAACUAUUUCGCCAACACUGGCUAUGAAUCCGGUCAAGUGGUGGCUUUGAUGUUGGAAAACCGAGUUGAUCAUCCGUCAACGUGGUUGGGUUUGUCCAAAGUAGGCAUUAUAACCGCUUUGCUAAACAUCCAUAUCACUGGAAAGGCUCUGAUCCAUUCGAUUGAGAUCACAAAAGCGAGAGCCAUUGUCUACUCAGACGAUACUGAGGAAGGAAUCGAGAGCAUUGUAGACACUUUAAGUCCAGAUGUACGAUUGUUCAAACUUUCGCAAAAGCCGCCCAUGAACAGUGCCCUCAAAGCUCGUACUACCCUCAUCCAUCAAGCUAUUAGGAAAUGUUCCAAUGUUCGGCCCGAGGUGAAAAAUCUUGGGAAUUUGACGGAUCCUUUGAUGUAUGUGUUCACCUCCGGAACGACAGGGUUGCCGAAGGCAGCGACGAUCGCUCAUUCAAGGUACCUGAUGACAGGCUUUGCUCUCUACGGAAUGUGCGCCAUGGACCGCAAAACAGACAUUCUCUACACCAUGCUACCCAUGUACCACACUUCAGCCAAUGGUCUUUGCACGGGAGCCGUCAUUGUGUCAGGAAUGGGCAUGGUUUGCCGAAAGAAAUUUUCCGCCUCCAAUUAUUGGAAGGAUUGCGCUGAGCACGGAGUCACUGUGUCCCAAUACAUUGGAGAAGUGGCGCGAUAUCUCAUCAACACGCCUCCCUCGCCUUAUGAGGAGAAGCAGAGAGUAAGAAUGAUGUUUGGAAACGGGAUGAGGGCCGACAUUUUUGACCAAAUUCGCUCAAGAUUUAACGUGGAUAUUGCCGAAUUCUAUGGUGCGACAGAAGGAAAUUGCAGUCUGAUCAACUUCCUGAAUAAGAAGGGAGCAGUUGGAUUUGUUUCCAAGAUCUUCCCUUUCAUCCUACCAUAUCGAGUCAUCCGAAUUGAUAAUGAAACUGGCGAAUUCAUUCGAGAUCCCAAGAGUGGCUUGUGCCAAGAAUGUGAACCAGGAGAGGUUGGAGAACUAGUCUCACCCAUUGUGCGGGGCAACCCUAUCCGAGACUUCCAGGGAUAUCUUGACAAGUCGGCCACCUCAAAGAAAGUCGCCAAAAAUGUCCUGAAACAAGGGGAUAUCUGCUUCCGGAGUGGGGAUUUGAUGACAAUGGACGACCUGGGAUUCUUAUACUUCGUGGAUCGCUUUGGGGACACAUUCCGAUGGAAAGGAGAAAAUGUGUCGACCUUGGAAGUGGAGACCAUCUUAUCAACCAUUUUAGGGUUCAAAGAUAUCACGGUAUUUGGCGUUCAGAUUCCUCAAACCGAAGGUCGAGCUUGCAUGGUGGCAAUGGCGAUGGAUGAGAAAAACAAAACUUUGGACUUUGAAGACUUGUAUAAGAAAGUGGAUAAUAAUCUGCCCUCCUAUGCCAGACCGAUUUUUCUGCGAAUUUGUUCGCAACUGGAAAUUACUAGCACUUAUAAAUUUCGGAAGAUCAAUCUGACGAAGGAGGGGUACGAUAUAUCUUGCGUGAAGGACAAAAUCUACUUCAGAGACCAAACCAAGAAAACCUAUUCGCUCUUGGACCAGGAAACUGCAAAACAUAUCAAUAGUGGGGUGCUGCAAUUUUAAAUAAAUAUAAAUCUAGGAAAAAAAUGGCAUUGAGCCAAAGCCAUCAAUUUAGCCUUAACGUGCGUUUUGAGAGCACCUUCAAGCCCUCGAGAAUCCAGGUUAGUUACAACAAUGAAGUCCAACUUUCCUCUUUCUCGGGCUCCUUCAUUGUUCAAUUUGCUGCCUUCAAAUAUUCGUAGGGAAUGCAUAGGCGUUGAUCCAGUAGCAGCACUUAUAAAAUUCCCGAUUAACCUUAUUUUCAAGGGUUACCCAGAUCAGCUAUAUGGG